AUGCGUGAAGCAAUGUGUAGUGCAGAGGUGGACGAUGACAUCCUCGGCUACGAUCCAAUAGCUCGACGUCUCGAAGAGGAGAUGGCUAAGAUGUUUGGGAAAGAGGCGGCUCUGUUCGUGCCAUCUGGUACAAUGGGGAACCUUAUAUGCGUUAUGGUUCACUGCGACGUAAGAGGCAGCGAGGUGAUUCUUGGUGACACUUGUCACAUCCAUGUUUACGAGAAUGGAGGGAUAUCAACGAUAGGUGGAGUGCAUCCCAAGACAAUAAGGAAUGAAGAAGAUGGGACAAUGGAUUUGAUGGCUAUAGAAGCAGCCAUUAGAGAUCCUAAAGGAAGCACGUUUUAUCCAUCAACAAGGUUGAUUUGUUUGGAGAACACACAUGCCAACUCUGGUGGGAGAUGUUUGAGUGCGGAAUACACUGAUAGAGUUGGAGAGAUUGCUAAGAGACAUGGAUUGAAACUUCAUAUCGAUGGAGCUCGCAUUUUUAAUGCUUCCACGCUAGAUAACACACUGUUGUGCAUGAGCAGAUGUUGA